AUGGGAGAAGCCGAGGAAAAGAAAAUCCCAAGCGAAGUUCACACGGACUCAGAGGGUGAUAACGAGUAUGAGAAUGCUCGAAUCAUUCCAAAGACUCCGGAGAAGAAGCACCCCGUCAAACACAUUUCCAACAUAGAGACGCCCUUCAAGCUGAAGAUCUCGAGGGAGGGGAAGAUCGCUGAAUUAAAGACAAAUCCCCCGAAUAACCCGAAAAAUUCCGGGGAGGAGUCCGAGAUAUGGUUUCGCAAGAAAAGGUUCGGGCGAAGAAAGAGAGUCUUCAUUGCAGAGACAGAGACGGCUGCCCCUGUCGUAAAAGCCCAAAGCGUGUGCCCCGUAAAAAGAUACUUUUCGUCGCACUUCUCCAUAAAAGCGCCUCUCCACAUAAGCCCAGCCUCAGAAGUGUAUCUCGUGCAAAAAUUUCCAGACGCUUUCUCCUCGGAAAAGUGUGCUUUUUGCACUUCGCAAUCCCUUGGAGUCUCUGUGGUGAAGGUUUCCCGGAGGAAGUGGGCCACGAAGCAGGAAAGAGCCCAGAGCAUGAAGGAGGCGAAGUUUUUGUACAGGCUCAGGAAGUCCCGAUUUGUCGUUGAAAUUUUCAGGGCCUGGGAGGAGGCAGGGCUUUUGCACAUAGAGAUGUUCUUUUGCAAUUUGGGCACGCUCAAAGAAGCGAUGAAAAGAGAGCACUCCCCGAGCGAGAAGGCGGAAAUUGCUGCCCAAAUUUUGAAGGGAGUGAAGGCUGUGCAUGCGAAUAGGAUCAUUCAUCUUGAUAUAAAACCUGAAAAUAUUUAUUUAAACGAAAAAAAUGGAGUAAUUUCUGUGAGAAUUGGAGACUUUGGAAUCAGCAGAUCCGUUUUUGAUUUGACGGAAAUUGAAUUUGACGGGGACCGGCUGUACAUGGCGCCGGAGCUUUUGCAGAAUGCUUGCUCGUAUGCGAGCGAUAUUUACAGCACGGGGCUUGUUCUGAUGGAGUUUCUUUUUGACGUGGGAGCGCCUUUGAAGAGCGUUCGUUGGGAAAGUGUCUGUGCUGAUGUGAAGAAAGAGCUUAUUCGGAAGUCGGGGGUCUCUGAGGGCAUGUAUCGGGUGGUUAAAAGCAUGAUUAGUGAAGACCCUGGGAAAAGGCCCAGUGCUGAAGAGGCGGUUAAGGAGAUGCAGGCAGCACAAGAUUUAGCAAAUAAAAGGUAA